AUGGCACUCAAAUCAGUGGAAGAAGUUCUGGAAUGUGUGCGUAAAAAUAACAGCAGUAGAUGUUUUCUUUACUUUAUUGCCUCGCCGGAUGAAACUGGUGAAAGUUGGUGCCCAGAUUGUCGGAAAGGUGAACGUCCAAAUUGUCGUAUAACCCUACCAUACUUGAUAUUUAUGUUCACUUUAUUUAAUGCAAAAAAGCCUGUUGAAGAGGCACUAAAACAAUUACCCUCCGAUGCUGUGUUCCUAACAAUUCAUACUGGAAGUCGAAAAGAGUAUGCUUCCCCAUGGAAUAACACUGCCAUUUUCUAG